AGGGGACAUACAAUAAAUAUCAGUAGAGAGGACGUGGGAAAAGCAGAGAGUUAAGUGAGUAGUUGGAGAUAGAAAGAUCAGAGACGAGGAAUCUCUCUCCCACUCUCACUUUCUCUCCUAUUCUUAGUUCGUGUCAGAAACACACAGAGAAAUUAAGAACCCUAAUUUAAAACAGAAGAAUGGUACAUUCGAAGAAGUUCCGAGGUGUCCGCCAGCGUCAGUGGGGUUCUUGGGUUUCUGAGAUUCGUCAUCCUCUCUUGAAGAGAAGAGUGUGGCUAGGAACAUUCGACACGGCGGAAACAGCGGCUAGAGCCUACGACCAAGCCGCGGUUCUAAUGAACGGCCAGAGCGCGAAGACUAACUUCCCCGUCAUCAAAUCGAACGGUUCAAAUUCCUUGGAGAUUAACUCUGCGUUAAGGUCUCCCAAAUCAUUAUCGGAACUAUUGAACGCUAAGCUAAGGAAGAACUGUAAAGACCAGACACCGUAUCUGACGUGUCUCCGCCUCGACAACGACAGCUCACACAUCGGCGUCUGGCAGAAACGCGCCGGGUCAAAAACGAGUCCAAACUGGGUCAAGCUUGUUGAACUAGGUGACAAAGUUAACGCACGUCCCGGUGGUGAUAUUGAGACUAAUAAGAUGAAGGUACGAAACGAAGACGUUCAGGAAGAUGAUCAAAUGGCGAUGCAGAUGAUCGAGGAGUUGCUUAACUGGACCUGUCCUGGAUCUGGAUCCAUUGCACAGGUCUAAAGGAGAAUCAUUGAAUUAUAUGAUCAAGAUAAUAAUAUAGUUGAGGGUUAAUAAUAAUCGAGGGUAAGUAAUUUACGUGUAGCUAAUAAUUAAUAUAAUUUUCGAACAUAUAUAUGAAUAUAUGAUAGCUCUAGAAAUGAGUACGUAUAUAUACGUAAACAUUUUUCCUCAAAUAUAGUAUAUGUGUUGUGAUUCUAAGACUUGUAAACUGAUAUGGCCUACUGUUUAAAGAGUAGUUGAUAUUUUCUAUUGAAUUUGUGGACAUGAUAUAAUUACAGGAGAUUAGUAUAGUAGUCAUUAUGAUACUUAUGAAGGUACAAG